AUUCUUUAUUUCACAGAGGGAGCACAGAAGCUGCAAGAAGGGCAGUGCGAAGCAAUGGCAGAAACUUCACAGCCAGUUGUUUUUGUACGGAAGAAGCAAAUAGAUCAUGAGAAGACUUUAACGGCACAUAAGGAAGGCAAUCUUCAGAAACUGCUGGAAAUGAACGGGCAUACGCCGGUGGUGCAUUCCUACGACUAUGAUCUCAUUGUCAUUGGUGGGGGCUCAGGUGGUCUGGCAGCUGCCAAGGAGGCUGCCAAAUAUGAAAAGAAAGUGAUGGUGCUGGACUUUGUCACGCCUACGCCUCUGGGAAACUCAUGGGGUCUUGGAGGAACAUGUGUAAAUGUGGGCUGUAUACCUAAAAAAUUGAUGCACCAGGCAGCUUUACUGGGACAAGCCUUGCAAGAUUCACGCAAAUUUGGAUGGCAGUUUACAGAAGAAGUUGAACACAACUGGAUGACUAUGACAGAAUCUGUUCAGAAUUACAUUGGUUCACUGAACUGGGGCUAUCGGGUUGCACUGAGAGAGAAGAAAGUCACGUAUGAGAAUGCAUACGGAGAAUUUGUCGGGCCACACACAGUUAAGGCAACAAAUAAAAGAGGAGUUGAGAAGCUGUACACGGCUGAGAGAUUUCUCAUUGCCACCGGUGAACGACCACGCUACCUGGGUAUACCUGGAGACAAGGAAUACUGCAUUAGCAGUGAUGAUCUUUUCUCUCUGCCUUACUGUCCAGGGAAAACCCUGGUGGUUGGAGCUUCCUACGUUGCCUUGGAAUGUGCAGGAUUUCUUGCAGGUCUUGGAUUAGAAGUCACUGUAAUGGUGAGAUCCAUCCUCUUAAGAGGAUUUGACCAGGAUAUGGCAAACAGAAUUGGCGAAUAUAUGGAAGAACAUGGAAUCAACUUUAUUAGGGAGUUUGUGCUGAUCAAGGUUGAGCAGAUUGAGGAAGGAACUCCUGGAAGACUGAAAGUUAUAGCCAAGUCCACAAAGGGGAACCAAAUAAUUGAAGGGGAAUACAAUACUGUGUUGCUAGCAAUCGGAAGAGAUGCAUGCACAAGAAAAAUUGGUUUGGACAAAGUUGGAGUGAAGAUCAAUGAAAAAACAGGAAAAAUUCCUGUCAACGAUGAGGAGCAAACAAACGUGCCGUAUAUCUAUGCUGUUGGAGAUGUACUGCAGGACAAGCUGGAACUCACACCAGUGGCAAUCCAGGCAGGAAGAUUGUUAGUUCAAAGGCUUUAUGCUGGGGCAACCAGCAAGUGUGACUAUGUGAAUGUUCCAACCACUGUAUUCACUCCUUUGGAGUAUGGAGCCUGUGGGUAUUCUGAAGAGACUGCGGUGGAGAAGUUUGGGGAGGAAAACAUUGAGGUGUACCAUAGUAAUUUCUGGCCACUGGAAUGGACUGUGCCGUCCCGAGACAACAACAAAUGCUAUGCGAAGAUAAUUUGCAAUAUUCCAGAUAACGAGAGAGUCAUUGGUUUCCAUGUCCUUGGUCCAAACGCUGGAGAAGUCACCCAAGGGUUUGCAGCUGCUAUUAAAUGUGGGAUAACAAAAGAACAGCUGGACAGCACCAUAGGAAUUCAUCCCGUCUGUGCAGAGAUAUUCACCACCCUCUCCGUGACUAAGCGUUCUGGUGAAAAUAUACUUCAGGCUGGAUGCUGAGGUUAAAGACCCCCAUUCUUGUUAUUGCCAGAGACUGACUUUCAUCGCAGUGCCUGACUUGUGCAAUUCAGAAGAAAGGUUUUGGGAGAAGUCAUCCUCGGACGUCUGCAGAAAUGUGUAGAUCUUAACCAGGGCAUUCCAUCAUCCUAAGGAGAAGAGCACUGUGGGAGUUGGUCACUUGCGGUGAUUGGCUGGCAAUUAGCAACGCAAUGGGAAUAUUGACUAUCGAGCUGUUGCUUAGCAGGGCAUUUAACGAAUGCUUUCAUGAAGUCAUAGCCUGAAGCCUGCAUUGUCUGGUGGGCAGUGAUGGAAGAACUGCUAACACAGCUGGACAACAACUGUUUCGUUUUGGUUUUAUUCCUCUCUAGUUUCUUACCUGAACAAAGAACUUCUGAACUCAAGAAAAUUACCACAAGUUCGGAUAACUGUAUAGUGCCCCUGUGUACUAGGUUAUAACACAGCAAUUGCAAGGUCUCCUCAUGAGCAUGCAUUUUACCAGCUCACAUGCCUAUGGAGGGGAAAUUGUAUCUACGUGUUUGAUCAUGAGGAAGAAGAUAUCCUUGGAAAAAAGUUUAGUACCAUCUAGAAUAACAUAUUUCUUGGCUUCCAAACUGACUCCGUUGUGACUUUUUAUUUUAGAGAAACUUAUUUGUGAAAACAUUCUCCUUAGUGAGAAAAGAAAUUACUUUUAAUUAAGGCCCUGUUAUACAGAAGGUUGCUUUUUUUUUUUCCCCCUGAAAGUAACAACCAUGCAUAUAACACAGAUGUGAUCGUCUUAGCUUUAUCUUGCAGCUUAUGUGAUUAUAAUUAAUCCAGUUUGGAACUGACGGAAUUCCAAUGUGGAAUGAAUUAUACUUCCAAGAGCUCUGUGCAACUUUAUUAAAUUUGAAUAAAUUCUUCCUUUCCGGGUGAGCUAUCAUACGCUGCACCAUUUCAGGUCUAAAUUGGCCACUUUGAACACAGCAGUAUUGAGAUUUUACCUCAAUUUAGUGGGCCUGUAGAAUCAAAAAAAACAACCAAACAACACCCCCAAAACAAACAAGCAAACAAAACCCCCACCCAACCUCCAAAAACCAAUAGUGAAAAAUCUUCUAUGUAGAUAUGGCCUAAAAGCUGUAUUUAGUUCCAUAUGUGCUUUGUUUUAUAUUUAAUUAAGAAAACAAUACUUUUAAAAUAGAGGUUUGCAUGGAAAAUAACCAAUUCUUGAAUAUUCCUCCUGUGUGGGAUAAACUGCAUACAUAUUUGUCAAGCAAUGGUAAAAAUGCCUCUUUGUAAUGGAAAUGAAUGUGCUUUUUGAUCUGGUUUUUCAUUUCCCUCUUUUUUAGCAGAAAGGUUCGGAUUACUUUUAUUAAUUAGUUCUUGGGAGUUUAGUAGUGCGGUGUGAAUGGGGGUGAAUUCUCGAGCCCUCUGGGCAGAAUGCCUUAUGCCUAAAUUUCUACCCGGUAACAAAUUCAUAUAUUUCUACUGAGAUUUCUAGAAUAAUGUUGUAAGUUAUUUUUAUAAACUCAUACAUAACUGAAGGAUUUUUAAACGUGUUUUGUAUGGUAUCAAGAACGGUCUGUGGUGGUAUUUUUCUGGCCAGUUUAUUAAAUAAAUUGAAUAUUUGCACAAA